AUGGCAUUCUUCCCGCGCAACUUCUAUAAUCCUGACGCGUCAUUCGCGCCACUCUUCCGUCUCCUCGACGAAUUUGACACCUACUCUCGUCCGCCCACGGGAAUCGGCAAUUAUCGACGCUCGGAGCUGCCUGUAUGGCAGCCUAAGUUCGACGUUCGCGAGACCGGUGAUCAGUAUGAGCUCCACGGCGAGCUCCCUGGGGUGAACAAAGAGCAGGUCCAGAUCGAAUUUACUGAACCACAGACUAUGGUUGUGCGCGGCCGCGUUGAGCGAUCCUACACAGAAGGCACCCCUCCCACAGGUCAUCUCGCAGACGCACCAGCCGCUAGGACCAUCACCGAAGGCGGAGAGUCGUCGCGUCAUGUAACUGUUGAAGACGAGCGCGACGUGGACAAGGGCUCCACCGGCGAGGUGGUCAACCCAAAGAGUGAAGAAGCCGCUAAAGAGCCCACGACGGAUGCAGCGAAGUACUGGCUCUCGGAGCGCAGCGUUGGGGAGUUCUCUCGCACCUUCAAUUUUCCAAGCAGUGUCCAACAGGACGCCGUCACAGCCAGCUUCAAGGACGGAGUUCUAAGCAUCGCUGUGCCGAAGGCCAAGCGCCAUGAAUCGCGUCGCAUCACCAUCAACUAA